GAAUUGCCGUGGAAGGGUUACACUACUACUUUGUAGCAUAGACAUUGUAACUUGGUUGAACGCCUCUAAGAAGUUAUAUUUUGACAAGCAGAAUGGCACCAACAGUAGCAAAACAGGCACCAGUACGACGUGAAUAUGAUGAACCACAAGGAAUCAGAGCAAUACUUCUAGGGCCUCCCGGAUCAGGAAAAGGGACACAGGCACCCCUUUUAGCAGGAACGUAUGGUGUCUGCCACCUAUCUACAGGCGACAUGCUACGUGAGACUGUGUCGUCGGGGUCGGAUCUUGGAAAGAAAAUUAAGCAGGUAAUGGAAGCAUGGAAAGCUGGUCAGUGACAACCUUGUGACGUGGACAGAUUGUGAUGUAUCGACUUAGAUCAACCCCAAUGCAAGUAUGGCUUCCUUGAUGGAUUACGUACUAUCAAGAAGCUGAGAAAGCUGGAUGAGCUUCUGCAUCACAAGAAGUCAGAGCUGGAUGCUGUGAUGGAGUUUGCCAUCGAUGAUUCGCUGCUCGUGCGCCGCAUCACCGGUCGCCUCAUCCACAAGCCGAGCGGCAGGAGCUAUCACGAGGAGUUUAACCCACCCAAGCAGCACAUGAUCGACGAUGUAACUGGAGAGCCGCUCAUCAAGAGAUCUGAUGACAAUGAGAAAGCGCUCUCUGCAAGACUGCGGUCUUACCACGACCAGACGAAGCCACUUGUGAGUUACUACCAAAAGCGCAGCCUACACAUGUGGGUGGAUGCCUCCAAGCACCCUAGCGAAGUCUUUAAGAAGAUCAGGGAGAGCUUUGAUGCAUGUACGAGCAAAGACAAGGUGGCAUUCAUUUAACAAUGGUGAAAUAUAGGUACCUUGAUGGCAUAGUGAUAACUUGUGGCACGGUGUUCUGGAAUUGUGGUUACGUGUUCUUGAAUUAACAUAAACGGUUUCCGCAAUUGAUUUUAAUAAGUACAAGUAAUUCUUGCAACAGAAUUCCUAGAGUUCAUACUUGCUAGUACAAAAUUUUAUAUGUUUCUUUAAAACUAGUUUAAAAUUUGCAUUGAGUCUAAAUCAACUUUAGUUAAUUUUUCUAAUGAUUUUAAUAGGCAGUGUAAUUACUAUGUUGUUAAUAAUCAUGAGCUACUCUUCUCAUUCUUUUCUGUUUCUUUGAUUACAAGUAGGUUGAUGUAAUAACAAUACCAGACAAACGGACAUUGUACUGAACCUAAAAUGUGAAAAUCAUGUCAUUACGUAUUGGACAUGUUAUAGAAACGGCUAUAGCAUAUGUUUUUAAAAUGCAACCAGGUGGGUAGAUAAAAAAUACAGGUAAAUUAUAGUGUAUAAUUGAAGAGUGAAAUAAAAUUGAAUUCUUCCCCA